AACCAGACAGUCUACAAGCCUCUGGUCCCAAGGUACUCAAAUUCGACUCCCAAGUUCAACGAGGAUAUUCUCCCACCCAGGCCCGAUGCCCCUGGCGCACGAACAUCGGGCCACAGGUCAUCAAACUCCGCCACCUCGUCGGCUUUUCGACUGCUACAGGAGGAGGGGACCUGUGGUCCGGGCAUGCCUUGCACGAACGGCGCCUGCUGUUCGGGAGAGACUGGUCUUUGUGGAUAUAGUCCCGACUUUUGCGGUGCGGAGGUUUGUAUAUCCAACUGCAAUGCCAAAGCUCAGUGCGGGCCAUACGCUCCAGAGGGGGAGGAAAGGUGCCCCUUGAACGUGUGCUGUUCGGUAUGGGGAUUCUGCGGAACAACAGACGAGUUCUGCUUUGAGAACUGCGACGAGACCGUCUCGGACUGCGGUGCCGCUCCCGAGCCCCAAGGCAAGGCCAUGGGCUUCAGGCGUCAUAUCGGCUACUACGAGUCGUGGGCCACGACACGCCCUUGCGACAUCGUCUAUCCGGACGACCUCGACCUGCAAGGGCUCACGCAUCUCAACUUUGCCUUUGCCUUUUUCCACCCGACCACUUUCCAGAUGACGGCCAUGGACGCCAACGCGCAGUCGCUGCUGAGGGAGUUCACCAAUCUCAAGGUCUACCGCCCGAAAAUGCAAACCUGGAUUGCCAUCGGCGGCUGGUCUUUUAACGACAAGGGGAACAACCCCAAUACCCGGACGGCGUUUAGUGAUAUGGCCAUGACCAGCGAGAAUCGUGCCACUUUCAUCCGCUCCCUCAUCAACUUUAUGGAUAACUACGGCUUCGACGGCGCCGAUAUCGACUGGGAGUACCCGGGAGCCGAAGACCGCGGGGGGAGACCCCAAGACAAGGACAACUUUGUCCUCCUUUGCAAGGAGAUGAAGGAAGCCUUUGCAGGCCAUUACGGCUUGUCGGUGACACUGCCCGCAAGCUUCUGGUAUCUGCGGCACUUUGAUGUUGCUGGACUAGAGCCUCAUGUCGACUGGCUGAACGUUAUGACCUACGAUAUCCACGGUGUAUGGGAUGCAGACAACCGUUGGACUGGGCCUUAUGCCAGGCCUCACACCAACCUCACGGAAAUUGACCAGGCACUCUCCCUGCUGUGGAGAUCCGGCGUCAGUGCUGCCAACGUCGUGCUCGGGCUGGCCUACUACGGCCGUUCCUUUACCCUCGCCGACCCAGCCUGCACCAGCCCCGGCUGCGUCUUCACCGAAGGCGCGAGAGAGGGAGAAUGCUCCAAAGCCCCCGGUGUUCUCACCUUGGCCGAGAUCGAGCGGAUCCGCGACACGGAGGACGUGGACGAGGACUUUGACCACGAAGCUGCGGUCAAGUGGAUGACGUGGGACAAUGACCAGUGGGUUAGUUACGAAGACUACGAGACUUUCCAGCUGAAGAUCGACUACGCCUCGAGACUGGGCCUGGGAGGUACCAUGAUCUGGGCAAUCGACCAAGGCGUGUACGGCUCGAGUAACGAGCUGUCCUCCGGAAUCAGCCUCAUGGCCAUGCACGGCAUCAGCAGUGACGAGAUUGUCGAGUUCGAGCGGCACCACGACGCUGGAGAAAGCUGCUACGUCAGCUUCUGUGGAGAGCCGUGCCAGCCGGGAUACUCGGCCGCGGAGAAAAUGAAAGGACAGGUCGGGAAUCUUGGCCGCGGAAGCGCCUGCAACAGCAACGAGUAUCACACACUCUGCUGUGCCACUGGCACAUACCUCGGCAGGUGUGGCUGGUACGGAUGGAGGGGCCAGGGACUCUCCUGUUACGGAGGAGGCUGCCCGAACGGAGAUACCCUGGUGACGCAGAACAGCAACUAUUUCUGGGAGAGCCCUGACACCGACUGGAAGGAGGAGAAGACUUGCAACGGAGGCUUGAUGGCGUAUUGUUGCCGCGGCUUCCGCCCUUCAAUGACGGCCCAUCGAGAUGUUGACCUCGUGCAUCCACAGCACAUCGAGCUCCACGACGACCCAAACGCCCUGGCCAAGCGUGAUUAUAGAUCGUGUGCCAAGGCCGGAGUCGUCGCAUACGGUGGUCUAAUGCUGGCGAGCGCCACCUUUGGCCCUCUCGGAUGGGGCGUUGAUGCCAUUGUCGGCGGCUCAGUAGCUAUGUAUUGCCUCACCCAUAUAGGAGAGGCGUCUAGCAAGGGACCAACCGGCUUUUCUGGACCCAUAACGCGACAUGGAUCGAGGGUCGCCGCCGGUCUGGUGAUGCCUGGCGGGAUUAGGAAGCCGCCGCCCAAGGGGAAACCCAAGCAGAAUGCCGCUACCAGAACGCAUUACGGACGAUACGCUAUAGCUGUGUAUCCGCCGGGGACGUUUACCUGCUUUACUACUUGUGGGUUUCUUUCCUUCUCUUUCAAAGUCUUGAAUGUUACCGUUAUACCGGCACAAGUCCGCCUGGAAAGGGGGGAUUUUUUUCAAUUCUCCUCGAGCAUCCCGUAUUCCCGUUGCUUACUUGGAAUAACAAAACAGAGGUGGUUUGCACCCUCAAGAAGACACAGGGACUGGUACAAAUCCUACCAACCGCAGGGUGGACGCUACCGAUGCGAGAUUGAUGAGUUUCCCAUGGCCAACCUCAUAGACUCGGCCGCCAUGGCCAAACAAGCGCUCCGCGCUAUCGACGGCGACGAAAAUGGUGACCAGGGUCAAGACUUUAACCAAUGGCUCCUGGCCACCUGGUAUCCAUGCUCCACCCUCAUGGGUGCUCCUCCUCCCAUCACUUGGGCCUUCGAUUACAAUGCCCUCGCUGCAAACGACCCGAGAAUGACGGCGGCAGCAAGUGAGGUCAUUCGCAAGUACGGUUUUGACUCCUCUUCCGGCAAGGCCCCCUGCUACGCGACCUAUACCGCCCCAGGCGGCAUCGAGUCGACCGUAUCGGACCACGGCUUCCGUGUGCUCGAUGACGACCCUCUCUUCGAGGAUUAUGACUGGCCAGCGCAGACGUGGAGGGAAGAUCCCGUGACCCAAGUGAGCCGCCCAACGAACGUUAACAGCGCCAACUGGGUGAAGCGCGCUGCG